UAACAUCAGAAGUGAGUCGUCGGUGAACACAAAAAAACACAGUAAAUCUCGGAAAAAAAUUUACACCAAAAAUCUUGACCAAAUUUUACCGAUUCGCUCUCGGACAGAUUCAAAAUUUCGUUUCGGCCAACAAAAAAGAAAAGAUAGUGAAACAAAAAAACGGAGUGCCGAGUGUGUGUGUUGGGUUCAAGUCGCGCGUUUCCGCUGUCCGGGCAUAAAUGAGGCCAGUCGACUCGUCGUUAUCCAUUUGCAAGUGAUCGAAGGCGAUUGCUGAAACUUGUCCGAGCUUUAGAUUCCGGAUAUAGACAAUCCGUAGACCGUAGUCACAAGACCUUAGAGGAACCGGAACCGGAAACCCGUCAGCUAUGGGCAAAAAAGGCAAGGGAAAGGGAAAGGGAAAGAAGGGAAAGAAGUCCGCUGUGGUGGCUCCUGUCGAAGCGCCGCCAUGUCCGCCAUGUCCGGAACCACCGAAGCAGAUGCAACCGCUCGACGCCUGCCCGGAGUCCAGUGGACCACACGACGUCCUCCGGGCCCAGCCGAAUCAUUAUCCGGCACUGCUUCGCAUUCCGGAAACAAUGGCGGUGGUGGGAUCGGAAAACGGGUGCUACGAUAGCAUCUGCAAGCUGCUCAGGGCCGGGUUCCGGUGUGCCGAGCGGGUGUUCGUGAUGGCUCCGUGGGGCAACUACGUGGUCUUCCGAUACCACAACAACAACGACUUCAUCUACUUCCUGUACGACGGCUGCACUUGCGACGUCAAUCGAUUCCGAUACUUGGACCUCAGCUGCGGAACCGCCGGCUUCCUCUUCUUCGACAACAUGCACGACGUCAUCAGCUACAUCAUCCAGUCGCGGAAGACGCGCCUCUAUCUGGAGAAUCUCAACAAGAUCGCCAUCGAUCAGAUUGUGGAGGAGUACGGUGCCGUCACCUACACCCAGAAGGCCAAGUGCAUGCGGUUCGCCUGAGAUUCGUACACCCGACCUCUGAGCCCCGACCAUCGAAACACCAGCCUUAACACACAUUAAAUGCAAUAUUGCUAUGGUCACCGUUUGAAUCGUCGCACAACAAUUGACACACUUUUUUUUCAAUAAGCAGUUUGGAUCAGACAUGAAAUAAAUAAAACUUUAAAACAUA